AUGUCCCGAGUCAUUCUCUUCUUGACUUUGAUUGCGUUUGCCUUUGCUGUACCACCGAUUGUGCCUAAGAAUAUGGAACUAAAACGGUCCAAAAAAUUCAAACCCAUAGUGCUUGAACCAGUAAGUAAGGAAGAACUGGACAUACUUAGACCAGAAAAACCAAGCGGUGAUAAAGCUCCAUGUGUAGAUGGCGUAAACAAUGUUAUCGAACUGGCUGACACUAAAGAAGCUCUUGCAAUCCGUACCAGCGGACUGACACUGCAGACAUACGAUGUCGAAGGCUAUCCAAGUUGUCGUGAAGGUCGAGCAAUGAUCUCUCUUCCAGGAAUGAUCAAGCUUGCAAAGGGUAAGCGAGAUUUAGUCAAGACUGUUUUUAGGAAGUUUCCUCCUUCAAAGUAGAA